GAAGCAAUCUUAGGAAAAUAAAAAAAUUAAUGUAGAUAAACAUGACAUGUUAAAAACCAGAUGUUCAUCAGUUUAAUUUGAAAUUUCAGAAAUGUUUCGACACUAGUGCAUUAUAGUCGAAAAUGGUUCCAAAACUAGUUUUAGUUUUAUUAUAUUCUCUUUCAGUAUCACAAUUCUUCAUUGAAAUAACCGCAGAUAAUAAUUUCGAUUUUGAUGUUCUGAAUCAGAAUCUAUUUGAAAGUUUGAAGUUACACCCGAAAUUAAAUGUUCCAGGUAAUUUGAAUGAACAAGAAAACUUCAUAGAAAAGUAUGUAGAUGAUUAUUUCGAGCUCACAGCUGGUUCGUUCGACAUUAAACGAAAUGAAAGGAUCAAAAGAAGUUUGAGUAUUCCCGAUACCCAUCCAAAAGAUGACUUUGGGAAUUUUAUGUUUAGCGGAAUAAAAUUGAUGAACAAUAAACCAAUCUAUAAUGCGACGAAAUAUGAAUACUUCCAUCACUUCAAUGAAUGGUUUUUUGUAACCAUAGAAGAAUCAGUUAUUGGAAAUCAUAAAUUGGGAACGAAUCUCCUCAUAUACAAAAUUCAGAAUAAUACAUACUCCAGAAUGCCCGAUUGGAAAAUAUAUACUGUCGGAGAAUUUUGGAUUUACCCGACGGUAAAUUUGACUUACAUUGUUGCCAAGGCAUCUGAUCAACAUUACUCUGGUGUAUAUGAAUUUGAUGGAUCAGAACUGUUACCUGUCCAAAAUAUAGAAAUGGAAAAUGUUUCUGAUGUUAGUAUUUGGGAAACAGAAACGAAAAUGCAUAUGGCAAUAUCAGGUAUAGGAAUUCGCAAUCAAACAUUAAAUUUCAACGAGACGAAAAACUACAGAACCACAUUCGUAUACAAAUGGGACAAAUAUUAUUUCAACCUAAAGCAAGUAAUCGAUAAAUUGGCCGAUAGGCUCUUGGCAUUCACAGUAGAGGGACAUACUUUUCUGCUCUUGAAUCUCAACAAGACAAGUCGAGAUUUUUCAGGAGAAUAUUCGGAGAUCUACAGACUUAACCUUGAAAAUGGCCUCUACGAAAUUUACCAACGAAUACCUACGUACAAUUGUACUGACGUGAAAUUUUUCUCCAUACAGACUUUCGAUGGAUACGAUAAUUACUUGAUUAUGGGUAAUCAUGUUAAUGGUGAAAACGUAGAUGAGAUCCCUCCAAUAAUUUACAAAUAUGUGAAUGGUUAUUUCCUUCCUUUCCAAAAUUUGCAUAUAGAGAACAUCAUGGAAAUUCAGAUAUUUCAGCAUCAGAAAAUCUCUGCAUUCCUCCUGCUGGCUAGGACCGAGUACCAGGGUUUGAAAACCUACCAAUACGAUGGUUGGGUAUUCCAGGAGACAUCAUACGACAUCAACAGCGAUCUGGGCGAAGAAAAAAUUUCGAAUGCCAAGUUUGAUGUUAUAGAAAACGGCACAAACGUAUUAGUUUUAGGAUUCAACAGACGGAAGGCACUAGAGUUCUACAUGUUAGAUUUCGUAUACGAGAACGAGAUCUUUAAUUUUCUAUAUGAAACUCUUCAGUGGUGUAAGACAAGUGUCAGUAAACUAUCCCAGAUACCCAGACAAAAAAGAGAAGCAGAACCUGUAGGAAAGGAACAAGAACAGAAUAUUUCCAAAACCAAUGAUGAAUUGGUCGGAAAGAUACAAAGAGCCACUUUUAUUUUGGAGCAGAUAGAACAACAAACAGCAAAUUCACUUCAGUAUGAGGGACCGCAUAUUAUUCAAGAUCUGAGCGCCCAAAGAAUAAUUAUGUUAGAUCCAUAUAUCCGUUCCUUAUCUACUGACUCUCUGAACGAUGUAAAAAUCGACGAAUUUUUAGGCAACGUGAUCGACAUCAACGAAGAUGGCGAGUGGCCCAACAAUAUCGUUCUGGAACGAGCCCAAUUGGAUUCUCAGAUCCAUCCGGAUACGAUCAACGGAAAGAAUAUAGAGAACGUAAUAAGCACUAGCGAUAACCUGUCCCUCGAGAACCUGACAGUACUGGGCGAAACGAAGUUUUUGGAACCCGUGAUCACUGAAACACUGAACUAUAUUCCUUUCGACGAGGAACAUAUUCUCAUGAAAGAGACUGAUCAGAGUUCCCGCCACCUGGUUGAUCGGAAAUUAAUAAGCAAAAUUUCCACGCUGAAGGCAAGUCGUGUGGAAAUAGGAGGUCUAAUGAACGAAGUAAGCAUGAGAACACUUGACAAAUACGCACUGAGGAAAUCCGGAGAUCAGGUUUUAACAGAAAAGUACCAUUUCGGCGAGUUGCACGUAGGCAAUAUUCAGGGCAGUGAAAUAUCCGACGAGAGGUUGGAGGAUUUGGUGAGAAUAGAUCACGGUUCUUACAAAUUGGACGCAGAAGUAAAGUUCACCAAUCCUCUCAGCAUAAACAACCUUUCUGUUACGUCAUCUUUGGAUAAGAUACCAGUGACGAAGGGAAAACUGGAAGUCCUUCUCAAAGAUUCAACGGAUAUUCAAAACGUCAAGGCAGAGAAACUGAUGAACGACGUUGAAAUUCUGAGUCCUAUUGAACUAAAGGGUAAUAUCGAUGGCUUUGAAGGCAAAAAACUUAACACUCUGGUGAAUAUAGAUGGUCCAUUCGUUUACGAGGGAGAUUUUGCCAUUCAAGGUAAUACAACUAUAGAGAAACUUCUUUUGGUGGGGGAUAUCAGAAGCGCCGAUGGUAAUUUUUCGGUCAAGAGAGUUCUAUCCCAUGGCAUCUCAUUACGGGAGAAAGUGAUCGAUAUGCACUUAGAUUUCAAUCAGCAAUUAAACGUAGAUGAGAUAUUCGUCGACAACAUCAAUGGCUUGGAACCCGAGAACUUUGUGGUUACCGGUAGUGAAAAAACGCAAAAUAUUCGAGGUGCUAAGAUUUUCCUCAACGAUGUGAACAUCACUGGAAGUACGAACUUUUUCAAAAUAAAUGACAUAUUGGUUUCGGACUUCGAUAAAAGAUUACUCAGUAAAAGCGGCGAUCAAGUAAUCAUUGGAAAACAUACUUUUAUGGAUGUUGUUGCUAGCACGGUAACUGGAAACAUGACUUUGAUAGGUAAUACCAGUUGGGACAACAUUCUUACACCAAACACUGAGCAAGUUAUAAUGGGCACCACAGUUAUUAACAACGACGUCGAAGCAAAUCUCCUUAUGUCAGAAUCCGCGAACGUCAAUGGAACGACCAACGGAUACAAUUUCACAGACUUGGCCCAAGAUACUGUGACUAGUGAUUCUAGCUUACUCGUAACCGGUCACAAAACUUUCAAGAACCUCAAAGCUACGGACCUUAGUGUCGCAAACAUGGAGUUAACGCAGAAACUCAAAUUCACUAUAGAUAACGAUGUCCGAAUGGAAAAUGUCUCCGUGGAAAACUUGCAUUUCUUGAAAACUUGCAAUGACAUUGAAGCUAGCAAGUUCGGAACACAGUUUCAAGAAGACGCCCAAGAGAUAGUUUCAGAUAAGAGCAGUUUCGACGAUUUGGUCGUCUUGGGAAAUGUCUUUAUAGAAUCUGGAUACUUGGGAGAUAUGGAUCUAGAAGGAUUCGAAAGAGACACCGUGAAACUUGAUGAAGAACAUACUUUUGGAAAGGUCGUUUUCAAGAAUCAUUUGGUUUCUGAAAAUAACAUAGAAUUGCUGGGUGAAAUAGAAAAAGUGGACCUGGAAAAUGUUGUUCUAUCGAAUUCCAGAGAUUUUCUCAGUUUUUUGGAUCGCAAAACUUUCCUGAACAACUUGACAGUGACUGGAACUGUUUUUCUAGAAGAAAGCGUGAACGACUACGAUAUGACAGGAAUGUGCAAGUUUUCUGAUCUGAGUGAGGAUAAGAAGGAGAUGGAAAUAUAUGGAACUGCUGUUUUUGUUAAAGGUCCCCAAAUUCGCAAAAUCCUGAAUGAGACAUUCGAAUCCAUAUAUGAAAACGUUUGGUUCAAAAACAGGGAAGUGUCCAUUGUUCAAGAUGUAUCAUUUAAAAAAAUAACAUAUCGAAGUAACGUCACAGUUAAAGGUACCGUAGAUGGUGUCAAUCUGGACAUUCUAGAGAAAGAAUAUUUCAGCAAGACUAAAGACCAGGCAAUUACGGGAGGAUUAUACUUUGCAGACAAUGUCCUAUUCUCUAACAACCUGAUAUGCCCCGAAGUGGCUAUGAAUGGGGCGGUUAACGGAUUGAAAAUUAAAGAAUUGCCAAGAACCGUCCUUCUCCAAGAUAUGGAUCAAUUAUUCGAGGAGAUUGCGUACUUCGAGAACAUUGUAGUUGAUGAUCUGCAAGGAGAAUUCAGUGUGAACAAUUACUCCUUGGAAAUGGACCUGAUGAGAUACGACGGAGAAAACGUCGUGACAGGCACCAAAUCCCUAAAUACGCUCAUCGCAAAAAACAUUGAACUGAAGCAGAACACAACUAUACAGGAUGUCGAUGUUUUGAGAUGGAUGCAGAACGCUGUACUGAAGAAGGGCACAUUUGUCGUUGAAAAACGGAAAAUCUUGCAGGACAAUGUACACUUCGACAAGGCUCUCGGACUUUUGGGUUCUCUGAACGGAGAAAUGUUCACUAAUGAAACCAUUAUGCUGAAAUCCGUGCCGCAAAGGGUAACUGGAGUGAAAACUUUCGAACUCCGGCCGAUGGAGCUGAUGAAAUUUCGGAAUGUGAAAUUGAAGGGUUUCUUGAAUGACAUGCAAAUGUCAGAUCUGUUGGAAGACCAGAGUGGCAGUGGCGACAUCAUUUUGAAAUCUCCAAUGCACUUCAACAAUGACAUUCACACGCAAAAUAUCAACCUGCGGAAACCCUUCAGACAUUUAGACAUGGAAGCUUUCUUGUCAAAUCUGAAAGACUUGGAAAAAACGAAUCUUAUGGAAAAAUAUGCUAAACUUCUAAACACAACUGUACGCAUCAACAGAAACUUGGAAGUUCAAGCCUUCUAUCUACAGUCUUAUAAAGAACUUCAGAAAAUUGAAAAUCCACAGUUUGUUAUAAAUUCGUGCUGUGAUAAUCCAACACUGAUCUUCUUCGACUACAUCAAUGAUUCUUAUUACCUAUAUUACUAUUACUGGGAUCAAGACCUCAACAAAUUCCAGAAAUCAGUUAACUUGGAUGUUAAAAUUAAACACCCACUGAUGAAAAUUCUGGCUUUUUCUUUGGAUAGACAACAAUUUUUGUAUUUUGAAUAUCCCACAGAAGAGCAAAGUUCCCAAGGUUUAUUCAAAGGUCAAUUUAUGAGAGUAGAAAACUUGAAUAAUCUGAUCGAAUAUGGAAGUAUAAUUUCUAAUGGUAUUCGCCAAAUAACUCCUGUACAGAUUGAAGGUGCUUACUGCAUUCUAGUCAUUUACGAAAGUCAUAAAUCUCCACAUAUAUUCUGUGAAUUCAAUCUUGGCCAUAUGAAGUUAUUGCAGCCUUUACCUUCCGGACAAUACAUUCAGAGUGAAGUACUAAACAUAGAUGGAAUAACCUUCCUGAUUCUUCUGAAUAUUAACGAAGAAAAUGUCAGAACAUCCCAAGCUGGAGUAGAAAUAUGGUGUUUGCACGAAUCGCAAUUUGGGAUUCGCCAAGUUUUGUAUUUUUCAGACCCACCACCUAAAAGUAUUUCUGCGAUCACAUACAGGGGAUAUCACUAUUUGAGUAUUGUUUAUAGAGGCGGUAUACAACAAGGGCAUAUUGAUAUCUUAAGAUACUCGAAAUCAACCGGUAACUUUGAACAAUGGCAAAAAAUUACCUCUAACAACCAAGUAAAAGCAGAGUUCAGUAUACUUCCAAGUGGUGAACUAUUCUUUUUUGUUCUUGGUCCAUCAAAUGAAACAUUAACCAUAUACAAGUAUGUGGGAGUAUCAGGUUUCAGAGAGGAAAUCACAAUACCAAGCUCAAAUGAUAUACAAAACUUCAAACAGUUCACACUGGGCAAAAAACACUUUGUUAUGAUCAACACUCAAGAUGAAUUGAAAAUCUUGCAAGCGCAAUUCAAAGGUAGUAUUGUAGAAAGAUUAUGAUGUAAACAAACUGGUUUGUUGGUUCAGUUGUUCUCAUUUUUAUAAUGUCUUGUCUACCUAUGUGUUUAAUUUUAUAAAGAAUUUAUAUAAUGUAUUCAAUAAAAUAAGAGUUAUCAA